UACAGUGCUCCAACUGAUGCAAAGGGGGGAAGGCGGGCAGUGAGCGUAAAGGCACUGACAGUUGAAAGCGCGUCUAGCAACGACGACCUGGAUAGCGCACACGUUUGGACGUUGAUUUCGGGAAGAAAAAACGGUUUGGAACCACCCAUACGCCGCACGUUUCGAUGGGGCAACGUAGACGUUGCCAUGGAAGUGGAUAUGGGUUCCCCGGUGUGCGUCGUAUCGCGCCAAGUGUACGAUCGACACCACGCACAGUGGCCGCGCUUACAACCACCACGAAUCAAGCUGUCAUGUUACGCGGGACAGCUUCCGGUGUUGCGGGAACUCGAACUCCCAGUGAAGUAUAAAGGUGUAUCUGUGCCUUGCCCGCUCAUCGUGCUUGACUGUGCAGGACCCAGCCUAUGUGGCCGCGACCUCAUUGCUUUGCUUAGAAAAACGGGCGUUCCCAUUGGAGACCUGACUGAGCGGGACCCUACAGCAAGCGCCGAGCCAAGCGACCCUAUGCUGAACCGACUGCUCGGCGAGUUCGAGGAUGUUUUCUCAACAGUCCUUGGACUGAUCAAGGGUCCACCAGCCAGCCUAAAACUCAAGGAGACAGCGACACCGAAAUUCUGUCGGCAAUUCACCCUGGUAACCGACCAUCAGCCACUGCUGGGACUGCUCAAGCCUGACCGCCAAACGCCGCCGAUGGCCGCCGCGCGCAUUCAACAGUGGGCACUGUUCCUAGGAGGCUACCAGUACAAGCUACAGUACGUUCCGGGAAAACUACCGACAGCAGAUGCCCUCAGCAGACUACCAGCCCCGGCGGCAGCGGAACCAGUAGCCGAAGGGGAGGCUCCCGAGUACGUCCAGUCGUUGGAGGCCCUGGACGAAGGUAUAGUGACGACGUACGAGUUGCAGGAGCUCACUGCCAAGGACUCGUUGUUAGCCCGUGUGACGGAAUACAUCUUGCAUAGCUGGCCUCGAACAACAAGUGGAGUGGCGCCCGACUUGCUGCCCUUUUUUGAUCGCAAAAUGGAGCUGUCGAUGGCUCCCCGGCUAAUCUAUUGGGGCAACAGAGUCGUCAUACCACGGAAGGCGCAGGAAAGGAUGUUGCAGCUGCUACAUGAAACACACCAAGGCUCCUCGUCAAUGAAAGCGGUGGCACGGUCACUGUUUUGGUAGCCAGGGAUGGACAGGGAGAUUCAGGAAUUGUCGGUGCAGUGUGUAAGCUGUGUAGAAAACCUGCCCAUGCCUGCGGCAGCACCACCGGAGAGUUGGCCGAAAACGGCCGAGAAGUGAUCCGGAAUCCACAUCGAUUUUGCAGGCCCAAUAGCCGGCAAAAUGAUACUUGUGGUGGUAGAUGCUCACACGAAGUGGAUUGAAGCAAUACCUAUGAUGCAUGCGAACACAGCGGGUACUAUUCGCUGCUUACGAAGUCUGUUUUGUCGGUUCGGAGUGCCACGCACAAUCGUGUCCGAUAAUGGCACGCAAUUCACGAGCCAGGAGUUCACCACGUUUAUAGCAAGAAACAAUCUUGUGCACGUUGCGUACAGCGCCUUUCCAUCCUCAGUCGAAUGGAGCAGCGGAAAGAGCAGUGCGAACCCUUAAGGAUGGCUUGCGGAAAAUGCAAGAUGGCUCACUAGAAGAUAACAUCAUGCGCCUGCUAUUCCUUUACAGGAGGACCCCGCAAAAAGAAGGAAAGUCACCCUCGGAGAUGCUUCUCGCUUACCAUGCAGCUGCGGUCCCGUCUUGACACCUGCCUGCCGCCCAGGGGUGAGAACUGGUCGCCGGGUGCUGACGAUUGGACCAUCUCGCCAGGAAGCAGCGUUUACGUGCGCAACUACGGUGCCGGUAAAAGAUGGACGCCUGGACGCGUAAAAGCUGCGUCGGGGGCGAGAAUGAUGGCAGUGGACACACCAAGAGGGUUAGUGCAGCGUCAUAUUGACCAAGUCCGCCGCCGCCGCGAAUCGACGCCGGAGUCUGCGACUGCGGGGACGACUGAAGGCGCGGACGCUGAAGCUGAACCUGCCAGCGUGACUACUCCAGUCCCGUCUCCUGAGUUGCAACGCAAGUCCAGGCGGAAUGAGCAAGAGCGAAGCCCAGAGCUACCGGCCGCGGAUGGUCGGAGUGAGUUUUCCCCACCAGCUGCUACGGAACCUCCAGUCGCUACGGACGAACACUCGCCCUGAGGUGGUCCCGCACCAGCCAAUACUGAGGCGAUCGACAAGAGUUAGGAACCCGGUACAACGGUACCACUUUUAAGAGGAAAGAAAUGUUGUACUUGUUUCGUUUGUAACGCCAGCAAAACCAGCUGCGCGCGCACUAUUACGUUUGGGCCCUGUGCGCCUUCAUUCUCCUUUUCCCCCCUCCCUUCACCCUCUCUUAAUGCCAAUGUAUAUAACCACGCUGCGGACAAUAAACGCUGUUCGUUGACUGCCCGACCAUCGUCCUUGCUGCUUAGCUGCGCGCGCCUGAGUUACGACACUCCCACGUUUGGCAACCCAUAUGUUUCAGCGGUGUUUGAAGUGCAGAAAAGUGAGGCGAAUCCUCAUGGCUCGGUUGCUGCGCUUAAAGAAUAAGAUGCGACGCUCAUUGGUACGGACGGCGACGGCGCGAAGGAUACUGAAAUGUGCCGUUUCGACUUUGAGUCGGCGGAACAAAAAAGUGCACACCCUUCAAGAAGUCGUUCGUACAGUAAACCACAAAAGUUUGUGGACCACGUGAGCGCGUGGCCGAGAUCCUCUUCGCGACACUUUCAUUUCGUCACCAGCGAUCGACAGCAGCGCUACAUUGAAGAUGCAUCCCUCCUUAACUCUACGGUGCAUGAGCUUUUACAGCUUGGGGUAAAGCCCGAAGGGAGGAAACGUGUCUCCCGGACUUUUGGAUGCCCUGCUGUCCGAGGACCACCUGCUGUAUGAAAAUGAAGCACCACCUUCUGACAAAAUCACGCUACCUGUCGAAGCAGCUGACGUUGUGACUGACCAUGCUGACUACUUCGAAGAACACAGUGAUGACCUCCUGGCCUAUUAUAUUGCACUAUAUGUUGCGAGGAAGCGGGUCCUUUCAGCUUAUUGCAACGCUUGCAAGGAUGCUUAACUAAUUAGCACGUGAUAGUUUAUCCCACCAAUUGCUGGCAGAAGUGUGCAAAAAGUGGGACAUGCAUGAGGGUCCUUCCUUUACCCUGAGUCCACCUAUACAGUUUAAUCAAAACCCUUGAGGAUAGGCUAACUCGUGCAUUUAGCACCACACGACUGCCCACCAACUGUAGUGAAGGAUGUUUUGAGCCUAGCAGCCAACGUUCCACAUAUUGGCUGCCCGGGGCAAUCAGCUCCUUUAACAUGAUCGGUUGUCAAGUUCUACUGUGCUACGGCGUGUCGGGAUAAACUAGCAUGCUACGCAGAAUAAAGCGAAGAAGGUGAAGCUCUGUGUUAUGUAAUGUUUUCAUGAACUGUUUCCAAUAAACAUGUAUGAAGCCACCA